CUCCUCUCAGUGCUGCUGUGGAGCCUCGGAGGAGGAGGAGGCGGUGGUCUUGUUAUUAAGCGGCCCGGCGGUUGAAGUUUCGCUGCAGGGGUGGGACUUUCUUUCUUUCUGCAGUCCGUGGAUGAAGGUUCAGCUGCGGCUCUCUCAGAAAUGCCUCCAGCAGCAGCUUUUCAGACUCCAGCGAGCUGCGGCGCACACAGACGGACACCUUCGAUUGGAACAUAAACCCUCCUCCUCCUCCUCCUCUUCCUCCUCUUUCUCCUCCUGCUCCUCUACCUCCUCCUCCAGCUGGCUGAACGCUUUCGGAUGAUCUGAAACGUUUCCCUCCCCUCUUGCACCGCCCGGGAUACACAGUCUGGACCGGCACCAGUGUCAUUGGAUGGAGAGAGCCGCCUGAAGAAGAAGGGAGAGCGGUGGAGUUGCUCUACCCCCUCCUCCUCCUCCUCCUUCUCCUCCUUCUUCCCUACUGCACCAAAAGAAAAGUCCGGGUAAGAAAUACGUGCUCACUCAGGCCGUUUGCCCCCCUCCCCUCCGACCACCUGCCACGAGCCACUGCGCUCCUGCACUCCUCUGUGCACAACACGAAACACGCAUCAUGGCUAGACUCGGGACUUGCAUGCGUCUUCUACUCCUUUUGUUUACAAUAUAGGGAUCUAUUCUGAACGUGUAAGGUCGUGAAUGCAUCUCAGCAGACGGGAUGGGAGCCUGCUCUGGCACUCUGGCAUUUCCGCGACUCUGCUCUUUUCAGUCAGUCGACCCAAAUAUUGAUUCUCAUUGCAAGCAGACUCGAACUAGAAACAGGUUAUUGGCUGAGAGAGUGAGUCGAUUCACGGCAGCCCUCAGUGUCUUCAGGGGGUUUAAAGGAGGGAUAACAAAUGGCACCGGGAGCAGCGGGAGCUGUCCGUUCAGCACCACCCUGCAGGAGUGCAACCCCCCAAACUGUGGCCUUUAAAAAACUUUAGGGGGUUUGAUGAGAGGCUUGAAAGGUUGUAGUUUAGUCAUUUGAUUGCAGAAUAGACUUUAUAAGCUUUUAUAACCUUUGGCAACUAUUACAGGCCUUGGUAUCUUUUGAAUCAUGAUUUGAAAGAGUUAUUUUCUGUUCAAAAUCUUAAACUUUGCAGGAACCUUAGCUUAGUCUAAUUUAGAACAAACUUAAUUAUGUAUAUAAAAUGUGACCAUAUAAAUAUUGAGUUCAGUUGGACACCUUUUAUUACUUUUGAUAAAGCGUGAUCAGACCUCUGCCAUGAACACUGGCCCUCUAAUCCAGUUUAAUCUGCUAAUUUAAAGGUUUCCAACACUGGAUGUCAAGACAAACGAAACAAGUAUAAGAAGUGGUACUUUCAUGUCACGGUCUCCACUCUCUAGACCAGUGGUUCUCAACUGGUAUCACUCUGGGAGCCACAUUUUCCGAAGGGUCCUGAAGUCACGACCCACUUUUAUAGAAUUCAAACAAAGUAAAUUUAUUUUUAAUUUAAAAAAACCUUUAAAGUCUCUAAUCUUUAACAUAAAUCCACUUGUUUUAUUGAGUAAAGUACGUUUCAAAGCACAUGAAGAGGACAACAUGAGAAUGACAACUACUGAAGUUGCAUCUACAGGAAAUAUCAAAUAUGUAAUAGAUAUUGCAUUAAAUAUUUACUUUUUUGACCAGCUGUUCGUGACCCAUCCAGAACGUGUCCGUGACCCACUUGUGAGUUGGGACCCACCAGUUGAGAACCACUUCUCUAGACCAUUUGUUCCCAAUGGGUGCAGGCCCCCUUGCGAAGCCUGGAGAGGUCUCAAGGGGAGGUGUGGGGUAUAUCUGCUCUGAGACUGUUAAAUUGGAUUUGCACUAUGAGCAAAAAUAAUUACUUACUUAUUGGAUAGUUUAUCAACUGUCUUUGGAGAAAACUAUGUAAGAAAAGACAAUUUACUCUCUUUAAUUGGUAAGAACAACAAAACUUACAUCUAUUGACUGUAAUGGAUCUCUUUGUGUCUGUGAGGGUUUUCUACAUUAGAAAUGAAGGAGGGGAUUCCAAGGAAAAAUAGCUGGGAACCAGUGCCCCAGAUCACUAUCAUGCACCUGAUUCUUCUUUGUAAACAACCUAAAAAGCAGCACUACCACCUUUGGUCACAUUGCUUUGCCUUCUGGGAAAGAAGGCUGAAUUUUAGAGUUUCAGCUGUAAAAUAAAGACGUCUCACUGGGUUUGGGUGUCGUUUUGACUUAUGACUGUGAUCUUGGUGGCAAACCUCUUAAAGAGCAAAAUCUCAUCUUACUGGCAAGUUUGGCUUCAUGCUUCAUCCCAGUCUGUCUUUGUAGGUGUCCCUGGUUUUAGAUUGUGUGCAUUACUCUUUAAGCUGUGGCUGCUGUCUUGUCUGCUGUAACUGAAGUUGAUCAAUAGUCUAAUCUGUGUAGUGUUCUUUGGUUUUUCAGUGAUGCUUCCUCUCAGUAGCCGCCCAAAGUGACAUUUUUUAUACAUGAGUUUGUCUCUAUGUUCCUUCUGAAAAAGUUGAUAACUGAUCAGAGCAAGAUGCGUAGGAGUGAGGGCAGACUUUCUCCUCCUAAAAGCUGGGAUAUUUGGAAGUGAACUGCAUGAUUAGCUUUUUACUUGAGAAAUCUAUACCCCCCAUUUAUGGACUUUCCAAACCCAGACAUGUGAGAUAAAAAAAUUUAAUCUCGUUGACAUGAUCGUCAGCGUCCUCUCCAGCACUUCGAGUGUCUGCUCCCUAAUGGUGCUGGAGGUCUGCGUGAAAAAGCUUUACAGUAGGAGUGAAAUAGCCCUUUCUGAGUGUGUGUGUGUGUGUGUGUGUGUGUGUGUGUGUGUGUGUGUGUGUGUGUGUGUGUGUGUGUGUGUGUGUGUGUGUGUGUGUCACUGGGACUUUUGCCUCGCCUGGCUGAAAUACGACCUGCUCAGAAUUCAAUUCCUCCACCAGCACUCGCAAUCAUCUCAGCCAUUCGUUUAACUCCAACUCUCUUUCUCGCUCUCUGUCAAGGGCUUCCCCCUACUUGCACACAUAAACACGCACACACACUCACACACAAACACUCCCACACAGCACCCCCACCUUCCCUUUUUCUGUGUCCCCACUGAACUCCUCAGCAGAAAAGUGUUAUUAAAUUAAGAAAACCAAGAGCUCUUGGAUGAACACUGCAGAAAAUGGUCUUUUCCUGGGAUGGCUUACACCUUAAUGUAUCACGGCUGAUAUUUCCAGGGUAGAUUGUGUAAUGGAUUGACUCAUUCUAUAAUGAACGCUGGUGGCCCGUUCAGUUUGCUGCCAAAAUUUGCUCCAGCUCACUUAUCUUGGAGAUGCUUCGAAAUGCAGCAGGAUGAAGGGAGGGCCAUAAAGUUAAGUGUUGCAAAAUGAAUCAUAUUAGGAAUCAGGCAUUAAACAGGGUUGACAACACGUAAAACUGGAUGGUACAUUUACUCUUAUCAAGCUGGAACAGUCAGACAUUUCUGGGAGUUUGCUUAUUUGGUUACUUGAUGACAGCUCGAUUACAGGGGUCUGCUGUUACGUCUGUCUAAUGAAUGUGUGGCUAAAUGUUCUCAGCUUAGUUUAUCUUACUAUCUAGACUUGGAAGGACAAAGUUUUUGGGCACCUUAUUGAAAAAGCUGAAUCAUGAACAUGUUAUGAUGUUUAAGUACAAUUAGUGUCCAAGUGGGGCAGUUCUCCACAGUUACUCCCUCUGAAUCCACAGCCAUUAUGAGGCUUUUUCAGACGCCUGUCAGAUGUUUUGAUGGCUCUCCUGUACAGUUGAGGCGGCAGUAGCUCAGGAGGUAGAGCGGUUGUCCAAUAACUGGAAGGUUGGUGGUUCAAUUCCCCCCUAUCCCAAGUCUGUCCAUUGUGUCCUUGGGCAAGACACUUAACCCACCUUGCUCCCAGUGUGUGUCCUCCACCCGUGUUUGAUCGUGAGUGUUGUGUUGUAGGUGCAAAAUGGCAGCCACAUUUCCAUUAGUCUGCCCCAGGGCAGCUGUGACUACUAAGGUAGUUUACCACCACCAGGGUGUGACUGUGUGAGCGAAUGAAUGAUGUAUCCAAUGUAAAGCACUUUGAAGGUCUCUGAUAAAGCGCUACAUGAAAUCCGAUGCAUUAUUAUUAGUUGUCCCUUAACUCCGAGGAGAUUGACUGGCCCUUGAAUUUCUGGCACCCAUCUUUGAUUGGUUCACCGCAGGCUUUCCAGCUAUUGCUAUUCCGCCCUCCUUGGCCUCUACGACCCUGUCUUUCCUGGGGACCAUGAGACUCAAAUGUUAAGCUGUCUCCUGAGGUCAGCUCGGAGGUGCCAAUGCCCUGCAGUGGCAAGAGGCCCGCCCCGAUGAGCGAGGCUGAUGUUGUGUCUUCUUCCCAGCUUGAGAGUGUGCUGACUCUUCUUCCAUUGUGAUUGUAUCCGCAAGAGCCCUGAGGAACUGGUUGUGGUGCCAGUGGUAUCACCCUUCCCCCAAACCCUUCCAACAGCAGCUGAAGGUAUGCUCCUGAGUGCAGCUCUUCUGACACAGUUGGUAAGUCAGAGUGUCUGCCAAGCCCCACCGGUGCAGGCUGGCCUGGGUUUGGGAAAACGUUGGGAAGUGAUUGGAUGAGGAGCUUGAUGCGCAUUGGUUUGGCUCUCCAGAGUUCUGGCCAGGUAAUCUUACACUGUUUUGUGUGCUCCCACCUGAUCCAUGGUUUGUGAGCUUUGGAGUUACCUGUAGGUGAUUUGGUCACUUUGGUAUGGAUUAUAGUUAACUGUACCAAUACCUCAAGCUACCUAUCAGUCUGCUGUUUCCAGCAUUAGGCAUCAUAUUAACAAUACAAGCAUGUGUGGUGUUGAUCCUCUGAGUCAACUUAAGUGAAGGGGGUGUAUUACCAAAAAUACCAGACUGUUUUUUAGACCUGUUCAAACAUUUUCAAAACACAAGACUUUUGAGAUUUUCGGCCCAUAUAAGUGAAACACACCAAACUAAAAUGCUAAAGAGUUCUCACAAAUUUGUUUUCAUGUCACUUGACUGCGACAUGACUCUAUUCAGAUUUUUAUGAAUUACUUUUUCACUCGGCUGAGGCUCUACACAUCAUCGUUCACACAGAAUAUUGUACAGAAACACAUACAGUAGUGAUCUGUAGCUGGUAUCAAUCUGAAACUUGCUGCAUUUUAUUCUGCAAAAGAAUUUGCAAAGAUGUAGCAAGGUUUACAAAACACGAGCUUCAUUACACUGAUUACUGUAGCUCUAGACUUUAAAUACAUAUCCUUGGCUUUGAAUUGUGCAUCAUAGUGCACCUCCAUGAUGUACCAAAGACAUCAUAACAAUAUUUAAUAUGAAGUAAACCCAGAUUUAUAAAUGUAGUCUGUUUAGUCUAGCCUCCCUGUGCUUGGUAAUACAUCAAAACUGACAAAUCAGCUCUACAAAUGGAGUGCAGCCAACACUAAACUUUAUAAACUGGGGUAACUAACUCCCAGAGAGAAUUUUAAAAACAUUUUGGUAGAAGUAACAUCAAGAAAAUGCAAGAACCUUCCCCAUCCGCUCCUACAUUACAUUCAGCUAAGCCCCUCCCACCAAAUAAUGCUCCUUACAGACACGCCAGCUGGCUUCAUGCAAACUGAAGGUAGUUAUGUCUGACUUAGAGGACUUAUUCACUGACAGCCCAUCAAUAUACAUCCAAAAAGUCACAUGUACUAAGCUGCUGUAGUCUGGGAGUGCACUCAUGCAGAGGCUGGAUGAUUCAAGUUUAUACAGAGUUGAUGUGACGGGCUAGUUUGAUACAUUAGUCACGUUGGUUGUUUGAUUUGUUGUUGUUUUUAAUGAAAUUCAAAGAGGGCAAAUGCUCACAGACACACCUUGUUUUAAAGGAACAUUUACAUGAUAUACUUUCAGUGACUUGCAGUAGUAAAAAUGUGAUUUCAGCUCCCACCAAAGGGGCACAGCCACACUCACUGAUGCAUCUCAUAGCAAAUUGAACCAUCAGACAAAAUAUUGAACUUUUUUUUUCCAACUAACUGCAAAAUCAAUGAAGGUUACUGUAAAAAUCUGACUUGUUAUUAAAAGCUUCAAGUCUUAAAUUCAAGUGUGUUAAAACGUAGAAAUAAAAACCAGGAAGCUGAGUGGAAAAACUAUUCAGGUACAUUUGGAUGUGACUGCAGUUGCUUAAUAGAUAAUCAAUAAAGCUGUUGGCUUCAGAUCACCGCUCUACCCCACUUUGGAGAAUUUAGGAUUCUGUCCACUUCCAGAUCACUGAGAGUGAAUGAACCCUUUUACAGACAGAGUAAAUCAGCUCUGAAGGACAUUUUGCAGCUCCGACUGCCUCUCUCUGUCCCAUAUUAGCCUAAUUGUGAAGUUGUUAAUCAAAUGAAUGAUGGAAGUAAUGAUGUGAGUUUGUUUGGCGGUGGUGGUGAGGUUGAUAAAACAUAAUUUUGUUCCAGAGUAAAACUUGAAAUGUAUAAAGUAAUGAAAAAUCAAUGGCAUGGAAAAACUGGAGGUGUAGGAAAAAAUGGAGACACUCAGCAGGUUUUUGAUUAACGUUUAGGAACAGGAAACUAGCAGGAUAUUGAAAACCGUGUCAUUAUUUGUCCACUUAAAAGAAGAGGAAACAUAUGUGUUUGUGUGUUUGUAUCCUAGCGUGUGAUUGGUGAGGUUUAGAGUCAAAUCAGCAUUUUUUUUUUUCUUUUUUGUGAAAGCUCAUCACAAACUGAGAGGAAGCUUUUCUCUGUCUCUUGCAAGAAAAACGAAGAUAUUUAACCAUCAAAUUUCUGGAGACAAAUCCCCUUCUGGUAGUGACAGUUGUUUAAACCACUCUUUUCUGAGUAAUCAAACAAGACGGAGCACAAAUACUUCUCUGCUUGCUUUUCCACUCAGCCACGUCUUUUCUAUUUACUUCAUUUUGAGUGAAACCAAACUGCAAACAUCAUCUUUUGCAAAGUUUCUAUCUCAGAGUCUGAAUUAUAUGCCAAAAAUCAACUGAACGUGUUUUCAAGAUGUAUUGGUGGUUGUAUAACCAGAACCAAUAUGUAGACAAUGUGCAUGUACAAAAUCUCCACAGUUCAGCCAAACAUUGUAUAGUUAGUCAUUCUGUCAAUAUGCCAAAGACUUUGAUCACAACUGAGUUAUUUAAAGCUGCAGUUGGGAGUUUGUGAUGGUUUAUGAAACAGACUGAAAUCUCUUAAAUUGACAAAAGUAAACGAGGUUAAUAACGACAAGAUUGAUCAUUUCUGUGUUGUAAUUUUAAUACCUGUAACUGCCAAGAGGAGGGGUAGAUGUGCUCAGGAAACAUCCACUUUUUCCACAGCAAAUAUUCAUGUGAGUGAUAAAUUUCAUUGUAAGAUGACAAAAGAAGUUUUUGUCAAUCAACACCAUUAACACCAAUAAUAAAAGGGUGACCACUUUGUCCACAGGGGGCGCCAAAAACAACACAGACAGAAAGUUCCUCACCAGAGCUUUAAGAUAAUCUUGACGUAAGUUUUAUAUUUUUCCUGGAAAUGUAACCCUGCUGGUUUUAGUGAUGUUUCUUUCUGACCACCAUGAGGCAAAGAUCUGGUUUUAGAUGAAAUGUUCAAAACUGCUGAGGGUGAUUUCUAAUAACUCUAAUACAUUUGUUCUAAUUUGUCCAUUACUUCCUGAACUUUUCCAUCAGCAACAGCUGUGCAUCAUCUUUAGUGAUACACUGCAAAUGCAGGCAAACACACCACCCUUAAACUAAACUUGUGCCUGAAAUGAUUCCCUCGUCUGGUGCUUCUAUGUCUGUGGAUUGUAGAGAAUGAUAUAGUGAGCUUAUCUGCAAAAUUUAAUAACACUUUCAGAAACCACUUGGGCCUUUUUUGUCUGCACUGCUAAUUACAGCGCCCUGACUUUUUUUUUUUUUUUUUAAGCUCAAUAAAUCAUGGCUUAAAUGCUGGGUUACUGCCAUUAAAUAUUGCUUUUUACAGUGCAUUAUGGGACACUGAGUCAACUAUAUGGGGUAUAAUAUUUCUCGAGAGAGAGAGAGAGAAAGAGAAUGAGAGAGACACAGCACUCAGAGAGGCAAUCUAAUCAGAAAGUGGACUAUAUUUUUUUAUCAAUUCAGCUUUUUAUCACAUGGUUCACUUUGCUUUUAAUGUUUUUUCUACAUCUUUGUUAUCUUAAGCAUUUUAUAUCUUAUUUUGUAUAAUUCAGUUUUUUCAGGUGCUUUGUGUUGCACUUUUGUAUGAACAGUGCAGUCAUUACCACGCUGUAUGUGGUUUCAGCCAAGGCCUAAAUUAGUGAACAUAGAAAGCAAAUUGGCUGCUAAUCAUUAGCCCGCUAGCAGUGACAUUCCUGAACAUUAUGGCAUCAAUCUCACGGCUGUGCUGUGCAUGGUUAUAUCUCAGUGGUGUUGCAUCAAAGAGCUGCAAGCAUAUAUGUAGGUUCUUAGAUCUAUAGGGGAGUCACCUCCCCAGAGAGAAUCUGAGAUCAAGAUUUGUUGUUGUUGUUACUUUAAGUGAUUGAUCUGAUUGGCUGCAACGUGCAGAUUUCUUCUUGCCUCAGCCGGCACCUCUGCUGACAUUUCAAAUGGUUGCUACUUUCACUCAAAGCAUGCACCAAAUGAGAUGUCAGAGCCAGAGAGUCAGUGUAGCUGGCAUGUAAACAGGCAUUUGUUAGGAGAUAUAAAACAGGGGGGUAAUUGCUUCUCUGCCUGAACACAUAGGAUUGUGCAGCGUUGCAUCUAAAGAGGGGUUAAUUUGAUUAGGAGUCAUUGGCCGAGAUUAAAAGCAAAGUUGAUUGAUCAGUUGCUGGGGGAGCGAGCGAGAAAGAGUCAGAGGAGAGCAGCUGUCAGGCCUGUGAUCCCGUCCCCCUUCGUUUACUUCUUCACUUCACAGCUGCUCCCUCUUCCUUAUUUCUUUUUCAAAGUCGACUCUCAUCUCAUCUGUUUUUUUUUUCCUACGACGAUUAAUUAAAGCGUUUCUUUGUCUUGCUUCUCUCUGAAUCGAACCUCACCUUUCUAUUUUGUUUCUUUCUCUUCAUUAAUUCUGAGUGUGUAUGUGGACAUAAAUCAGCAUGCCUGUUUUAUUGAUUAGAUCUGUAUUAACAUGCAGCCGCAACAGAGGGAAGUUCUUGUUUUCUUUCGUCCUGCAUGUAAUAGCAGCAAACAGGGGCAGCUGUGGCAAACUUAAAUCCAGCGAGCAGAAUCCGUGUCUCUCUGAGCAGAUGUGUCGAGUUUGUUUUUGUGCUUGAGCUGCUGGAGACACAAAAGGCUGCCCGGCAGUGUCUGUUUCCUCCCUAUUCACAUUGGUUUUUGUUGGCAGCACUACAUGAGACCACAGAGGAACCAAAGGAGUAAAGAAGCUUUUAGCACUCAGAUACACAGGGUCAGAGUGGAGUUUUUGUGGCUGAGUGAAAGGCAGCAUAUAUCUAAAAGAAAAACAACAGACCACAGUGAAGGAGAAUGUGUCUACAGAUGCAUUUAUAGUACCAACAUAUGAAAACUACUGGAAGGUUAUACAACAGUGUUUGUUUUCAUAGUCACAACCACCUUAAGACUUAAACAGCCCAGGUUUGUUUGGGUUUUAAAUCUUUUAGAAAAUACAACCACAAAAAAUUAAAAUAAACCAUUUAUAUGAUAAAAAUACAAGUUUAAGCUGUGAGCGAGUCAAUGCCUUGUCCUGUUACUCAGCUCUGCAGGUCAUAGUGACACACUGUGAAUAAAAAUAAUCAGAAACACUUUAUUUGAUGUCUAUCUUGAUAACGCAUUAUAAAUAUAUGUAUAAUGCAUUAUAAAAACGUUAUAGCACUGCAUAACUGUAGUUAUAAACACUCAUAAAUGAUCAUAAUGCUUUAUAUCAAUAAUCAUCACACAUUAUAAAUCCUUUUAGCAUGACUUACAAGGUCAGGUAUUAUAAUGUGUUAUAACUGUAAACAACUGUUGACUUUACAAUGACUUUUGACUCUUGUGAUUAAUGAUUUGAAAGAAAUGUUAAAAGUGAGUGUGAUAUUGAAAAGGUGGUCGGCUGACUCUUUGUAGACUCUCAGUUCGAUCAAGGUCUGAGUGAGAUAAACAGAGUAAGAGUACUGUGAAGAGAAAAGAGAUUGUACAAACUGUACAGACAAGGUUGAAAACGGAAGGUGGAAAGUAAAACCAUCUCACUGCAAAGCCUCCAUCUGCCAGCACCAUGCAUGAUCGCUUUCCAUCAUUUUUCAACAACCUGAUGUAAUUACCGAGCAUCUUUUACAGAGAUCAGAGGGUUGAUUGUAGUAAUCAGUUCUGUUUAAAUGGUUGUAUCUCUGUCUGUGUAUAGCCAAUAUUGUUGAAGGGGAUUCAAUAUACUCAUCUGGCUCAUAUCACUGUCUGAUAUCAAUACGGGGAUUUUAAGGAGACAACAAAGCUGAAGCAUCAAACACACAAAUUGGAGAUCUGGUCACAACUGAUCCUUCGAUUACAUGAGGGAAAAGCAACCUCAGACAGCUAGCGGGACGUACUAAAUCCUCUGCAUGGCUGCUUCUUGUGUGCAGUGGAUAAAAACGCUCUCCUUACGCUUUCUGGGGAAUGUUAUUGGACAGAAUCCCUGCAGCCCUCUGAGAUAAAUCUAAAGAAGUGAGACAGUCAUGAUCAUGCAGGCGUGGAGACGACACAUCAGCAGAGAAGCUCUUAUGCAGAUUUUCACCUCUCUUUUCCCGGCAAUGCGUUAAUGAGCUGUCAUCUGAUGGAAAGUCUCACAUCUGACAGAGAAAACAGAUGUGAUACAAUUCACUGUCAUGAGACUAUAUCAUGGAAAUGAAGGCUUCAUGAUUAUACAAAGACUUACUCACAUCUUACUGUGGUUUUAUGGUUUAAUUUGAUCACUCCAAUUAAAAUAUCUAAAGUUAUCCAAAGACAUCUAAAGUUAAAGAGCAUAAAUGUCCAGAGAAGCAGCAUUGUUCACAUUGUUAGUUUUUUUUCCAUACAAUGGCUUUUUCCCAUUUUCUCCCUGUCUCAUUUUAGAGAAACUAUGCUCAACCUCCUCACACCGCCCUCACUAUCACUCUUUCUGAACACUCCUGUGUAGAUUGUAUGUGUCAGAUGGCGACAGAGAAAAUGGGACAUAGACAGGAAAACAAGCGGUAAAGGUCACAAGUGUGAUUGUGAUCUUUCUCUGUUGAGGGCAGCAUGCAGGGGAGCCAUCUUUAGAGCUGGAAAAUGCCACCCUGGUCAUUAUCUUGCAUGAAAUUACAUGUUACCAUUUUGCAUUCAAACCCUGGCUUUGUAAGUCUUCAACAUCUACAUUCCCAAUAACUCCACCCUUAUCAGUUGGAGGACAAAACUUUAUUUACUAUGCUUUGUUGCAGAGUUUUGUAUCUCAUACUGUGGACAAAACUCUAACUCCUCUAAGAAUUUUUUUUAGAGAGUGCCAGUUCAAGGGCAUUUACACCUCAAUAGUCUUGCUUUAAAAAUAAAUGUCAUGGUGGUGGGAUGGAGGGACAAAGUGGUCCCUGCUGUGCUGGAAAAAGAGGUAGUGACAGAGGCAUUUCAGAGACCAGCUCCUUUGUGUAACCAGGACAGCAGCACAGUCUCUGACCGACAAUGAGCAGCUGUAAAAACACACAAUAUACAGAGCAAAAUACCUGUAACACAUCAAGAUAAAGGACAUUUAAGAAUGCUUGAGGUUUCUGCCUAUUAAAAGAAGUUUGUCCCCUCUACUGUAACUUGCUAAAUGCUGCAAAGUGUUACACUCGUGUGGUUGAGGAUGGGAUUGGAGGGGGUCUGAUCUUACAAGACAGGGAUCAAUGUGAUCCCAUCUUUACACUAAAUAGAGUCUGCUUUUUUGUUAAGCAUCUUGGGAUAACACUUGAUGUGAAUUGGCGCUAUAUAAAUAAAGAUUGAUUGACUGAUUUGUUUACCGAUCUAUUAUAAAAAUGAUUCAGACAUCAAGGAAAAAGUUCCAUGUUAUAGGUUAGUGGCGGGUUAAUAUGUACGUGUACGUGUCUCGUACACUCUUUGGGAACCAGCGCUUAUGUAGUGGAUUUAUGAGGGACUGGUUUUUGAAAAGUUUAAUGUUUAAUACUUUUUUUAAAAUUCCUAUAUACGGUACACAUUUAUACAUACACAAACACAGAAAAAUGUGUGCCUCAACUCUUUUGAGGCACAAAGUUUGUGUUUAUUUGAAAAUAAACAGUUAAAAGAAAAAAAAAAGCUUUUAUUUGCAGGAGAAAAUCCAACAAAAUAUGACUGAUCUUAAAAUCUUAUUUCAAACAAGUAAGCUUCAAAACUGGCUCAAAAGUGAACAGAAAAAUAAACAAAACACUUUCACAUGAAUCAUCAGGUUAAAAAUGAACUAUAUUGACUGAAACCAUGUAAGAGACACAAAUGGUUGAUUUGCAUUUAUAUUUUCCAGAUUGACUCAUGUUCCAUCUGGUACAAUGGAGUAAGCAGCCUUUAAGACUUUUGCCAAAGCAAGUCAGGGAAGGGGUCCGUUCAUGUUUUAUAUAGUUUUCUAUGACUAUAUCUAUAUAAGCUCCUAUGAGUGACUUUUGUUUUGAGCAGUUUGGCACCUCCUGUGGACAAAGCACUGUCCUAUUUCGCUGACAGCUCUAUCCUGUAUUUGUGGUGUAGUCUUCUGCGUCAAACACUUGUUGUGUUUCCAGAAAUUCCCUCCCAAAAAUCUUUUUUUUAAAUAUCAUUACUUCCUUAUUUUGCGGAUUUGAAGAUCGGCUUCAUAUUGAUUUUCUACCUCACCUGCAUGUGCGAUUUAUUUUUAUUCACCUUUUUUCUCUGUGUGACUUUUAUAACAAUGAGCAAAUUAACUAAAUCAGAAAGGCUGAGACUUUUAUUAGCCAUGCCUGAUACUGAGCAGGUGUCAGACAUAAAAACAGCCCUUUAUAAAUAAUCAGUCUUGAUGGUCUUGUUUUUGUUUUAUAACCAGCUCAAAACUCCUCUCAGGGUCUUUUGGAGAUGCAUGCAAAAGAAAAAUGCCAUCUGUUUUUGCUGUUGUAAGAAAAAUAUAAUUGAAAGCCUCUAUUUUAAAGGAUAAUUGCACCUUUUAAUCUUCUUAUUCCUGUAAUCUGCUGACGCUGAACUCUAAUUAAAAUACUGUACAAAGCUGCAGUAGGCGGAUGUGUGAUUUCAUAUCUCAGGAUGUGUUUCCAUUUCGGUUUACUUAGACACCGUCGCCUUAAGCCCACUGAGGCAACCGUAGCGCCCACGCUGCCUCAUUGUUAUUAAUAAAUCUGUCUGAUAUUGUGUCAUCCAUGCUCUCUUCAUCUCUCCUCCUCUUCUCCCUUCUCUAAAACCUCCUCUGGACCUUCUUUGAGCUCAUUUGUCACCUCAAUGCGAGCAGAUCUGAGCGAUGCUGGGCUGGGUUGGAUGGAGGGGUGGUGCUCGGUGCUCCCCUCUCUGCCAGAGAUUCCCCAUGCUUUGCUAAUGGCACAUCAGCAGCUGUCAGUAGGCCCUGCACUGCGUCAGCCACUUUAAUUGGCCUGCAUGGUUGUGGUCUGCAAAGCGCUCAGCAGAAUUGAGUCCAACCCCUCCUCCCCGGGCCUCCCCCCUUCCAGUCUUUUUCUAUAUCAUUAGUGUAAUGCUCCCGUUUUCCCUCCUCCCAAAGCCGCUGAGAUAUGGGGAGAUUCCAACGAGACGGGGAGGAGGAUGAGAAGAAUGAGUCACACACCAGCAACCAUCUUUUUUUUUUUUUUUUUCAGUUUGCGUGGGAAGAGAAGGUCAGAGUAAAAUAUUGUUUUCUUUUUGUUUCUUGAAGAACAGCCCCCACUGCUAUUUUUAAGAAAGAGCCAUGAAAAUGGUAUUGAUUUCCUUUUGCAAGCUAAACAAACAUAAUAGCUGCAUGCUCCAAGAGUGAGUGUGCAGUCAGUGAGUUAAACCAGAAGCCUCACUGAAGGCUGUGAGCUGGUUUGAAAAACUCAUCACAUUUAAUAUUUGUCACAUUAUGGAGUAAUAGUGUGUAUUACAGAUGUGUAACACAUUUAGCCUGUGCUUGUUUUAAACUGGCUGUUGAAUGUUUUUUUAUUGGAUUUCUCAAAGUACAAAGACGACAAAAGCUCCCAGAUCUAAUUUAUUCUCCAAGUCCUCACAGUAAAAUAAAUGAUCAGUAAAGUACAUGCCAGGGAAGAAUGAUAAUGAGGAGAUGAAAAAUAACAACAUCACAGGUUCUUCCUGAUGUUUUUUUUACACCUCCUUAUGGCAAGUCUGUUUCCAGUUACAGUCCAGUACUAUAACCACUGAUAACUCUAAACCUUUUUAUUUCUAACAACAUCUACUUCUUGUUUGUUUGCACCAACCACUUCACUUCUGACCACAUCAACGCGAAGAGUCGACCGCAUAAAGUUACGACCGUAUGGCAAAACAAGAAGGAAUAACACUCACACUUUAACGUUGGACUUAGAGACAUGCCUUUGUAGCCACAGCAGCAAAAAUUAAACAGUAACACCUCCUGUAUGCGUACAGGUGCAGGUUCUUCUGGAGUACUCGCCAUGUUUGUUUUGGUGUUUCCUGCAUUUGUAAGACAAAAUUCAGACAGCCAAUCAGCGCAGCAGUCUAUUAUCAUAACAGUCCUGCCCACUCAGAUCAUCACAUGGAUGUUAACGUUAGAAACAGAGAGGCUGCAAAUCCCCUGUGGUGGAAGUGAAAGGUAUGGAAGGAUAUGGAAGUGGCAGGUAAUAUCAGAGCUAUUCAGCUCACGGACACUCAUGUCUUUGGGGGAACAAUGAAAGCUAGUAUCAUAGUUAGCAUUCUUAUGAGCAUUGCAAUACGCUGACGCACGCACUUGUUCCGCCAUCACUCUCUCUACUUCUCGGGGUCUGGCCUGCAGAGCAGGGCGCUGGGGGCAGAGCUUGGAUUCGUGACAUGGAAAAUCCCACUGUCUCUGAACUUGCUGUUGGGUCUGUGAGAGGUUCACAGCGAUUUGAAUACAGAAAUCCUCAGAAAUGCAAUUUAGGUUUUCGUUUUCUCAUGAUGUGUCCUCUAGCAUCAGAAAAAUGCGAUUUAAACAUAUAAACAACAGGAACAUGAUUUUCAUCAGAGUAGGUCUUUAAUUAGUUGGAUUGCCCAAACCUGUUUAAACUUGAUAGAUUUGAUGGAUUGAAAAAUAAAUUUAAUUUACAGGAUUUGUUGGCUGCUGACACAUGAAAUCAUCUUACGAAGCACUAGGCUUAUCCAUAAACUCAUUCUAUGGGAGACAGGCAGUCACCUUUCUUCCAAGUUUUUGAAAUUAUAUGGACAAAACUUUUGCAAAGUUGGUAAAACAAAGAAAUAUUGUUGAUUUAAAUCUGCAAGAGAAUUUACCUACCUAAAAACUUAGCCUGCAAAUUAUAUAACAAGUAUAAAUCACUUAUUUGAUCAUGCCUGUACAGUGCAUCUGUAUUUCAGCCCUCAGUGUCUGCCUUGUACUUAGGAAGACACACACUUGAUAUGAGUGUUUGACACACUGUAAUAUCAAGCUUUAUAUUCAUUCAUAAAGCCGGCUCAAGAAGUCAAGUCCAAACCACUGGGUGAUAAAUUUCUUUAGUCUUCAUCAUGAUGGGUGCUGUAUCACUGAACAAUGCCAUGCUUGUGCGUUGUUGUUCGCCCUACAUCCUCCUUCAACUUCUUUGGUGUCAGCCUUUAUUUCACCUUCUUUCUUGGACAGAAGUUUGUGUUUCCUGUUCGUCUCUUUAAUCAACAGAGAAGAGCUGUCUUAUUGCUUCUCCUGGAUUUUGUUGCACAAACUUGACAGCCUGAUAAAAUCCAUUUGUGCAGCUGUGGCUAUCUGAGUGAAACUAAGAGCAAUAUGGUGCUUUAUUACACCAACACCAGGACAUAUAACUGAUAUGUGCAGGCGUCUAUUUGUCAAAACCUGCAGCCACAUUCUCCAAGUGAAAGGGACCCUGCCUUAAAUCGGGACCUGCCUUCAUUUGAAGCAUUAUGUGAGAUAACGCAUUGCCAUUUUAACCUCUAAGGCUAGUGGUGCUUAAAGCUCCUGUGAGGAACUUUGUCUAAAGGCACCUCCUGUGGACAAAGCAGUUUUUGCUUACCCUUGUCCUUAAGAUGCUAAGGUAGUGUCCCAUCCUGCUGACUUUUGAUGGUCAAAAUGUGAAUAUUUGGUGUGGAGGUUGUAAGAACUGGGAUAUUUCUUUGGCUACUAGGUUGAAUCCUACCCCCUUGUGUGAGGCAAUAAAAAUUACAUUAUGAAAAUUGUCAUUUCUGUUGUUAAUGGUGUUGUUUGCAUUUUAAUAUUACACAUAGGCAUCAUUAUGGAUUUCGGCCUGUUUCUGGCUAUGUUAGAGAUACCACAUUAUUAAUUAGUCUCCCCCUUCAGUUGACAGACUGUUUAUUAGUGUCUGUAGUUUGUAUGAAAACCUGCAGAGUGCUGCUUCUGUGCUGUGCCCAGAGCCCUGAUAUCCCUUUGUUAUGCAUGCAUGUUAUUGUGCAUUCGCUUCAUUCUGUUCAUAUAUCUGAAGCAGCAGCAGAUGUCAAGAGUCAUCAGGCUCACAUGCUGCAGUUCACUGUGUGCCUAUGAGCAGGUUAAUUGGGUCCUACUGACUUUAACUUAUAAUAAAGGCAAAUGAUUUAGACGGUGUUCAUUAGGAGGACUAUGUUUUCCAGCAUAUUAGAUGUAAAUACAGCAAAGGACAGAAAAGGCCAAUAGGAUGAAAAGGUUGAUGAAAUAUAAUUUUUAAAAGAAAUUAUGUGUCGAGAGAAAAUACUUUUGUUAAAAAUAAGAAGAAUACAUAUUAAGGUUGAUUAUAUUUUGAUAUCUUUUGCUUGUUUUGCUUCUUUUUCUUUGGUUACAUCUUUGGUUGUUUUGGUGUGACAGCUGAUUGUCUUGUUUCCCCCAGGCUGGCUGCAGCACCAUGUCCUCGGCUCAAAGUGAGGAUAUACCCGGCUACCACCUGAGCGGUGAGCGGUCACACAUUUUCUUUGACUGUUUUUUUUCUGUGCAUGUGAAUCUUUGGCUGGAUUGAUGCUUGACAGCUGUGAUUUUACUAUCUUUGUUGUAAAUGUGUGUGAGGAUGUACAUCAGGCUACAACAGAGGAGGCUUUUAGGUUUUCAUUGAGUGAUGUACGUUUGUACAUCUCAGGUUUAUUUGACAGCUCUUGACACUUUUAUACACAAGCUUUACAAUGUCCACUGCUCCGUCUGCUGCUGAAGGCCAUCAAUGCUACAAAAAAAAUCACUUGCCCAAUAAUUGGCCUAUUUGAAGUGUUAAAAAAAGCAGAGAUAAAGCUGUCAAAAUUCCUCCCACGAAUGCAUUUCAUCUUCAGGAAGCCAGCUGGACUCAGGCUUGUAAAUGCUCCUCUGAAACACAACUUGAGCUGUUCCGACGUUUUAUUCAUUUCAAUUUCAAUAUGACUGUCAGAUUUUGUCAGUAUUUCCUAAACUGUUAUCUGAUUUAAAUAAAACUUUAUGCAUCCCUAAGUCUCACAAAGCCGCCUCAGUGAUCAGCACCAAAUGAAAAAGCCUGAAUCAGUUCUCGCUGACUGUGUUCAGAGACUGUAAGCUUGUAAAAUCUCCUCCUGGUUUCCUAAUAAGAUACAGUUUCUCCACGCUGUCUGAUCUUUUUCCACCUGUGAUCAAAGUCCCUCAUCUAAUAAAAAACACUGACACUUAUAUGAGGUUGGCCUUUAUGUUUCCUUUGAUGAAGUAAGUGUCAGGAUAUCUUGGUGCAUUUCUCUCUCCUUUGGUUUCUGUAUCAGUGGUGCGUAACCCGCCCGGCUGGGAGGUGGGGAUCUACCUGGUGGGCUUCUUCGUGCUGCUGGGCGUCGCCGGACUCAAUAUCUGGAAGCUGUGGAAAUCCGGUACCUUCCCUGCACCGUCCCCCUUCCCUAACUUUGACUAUCGAUAUCUGCAAGAGAAAUAUGGAACCUCCUUCUCAGAAGUCAGGCAAAAGGUGCGUUUAUGUUUCUUGAGACAGAAAGAAUUUCACUCUUUGAUUUGCUCCCAGUUUUGACUUCAGAGCCCCUGGCCCAUCGACUGUACUAUGGACAACUUGGUUCUGCUUUCCGCUAGUAUACGGAUUUGAAGCUGAAAAGCUCUCGGUAAUUCUGAGUUUUUUCUCCACUUCCUGAAACUAACAUUGCGCAGUAGCGUUGUACGCAGUUGCAUUUUGCGCAUUCGGCGAAAGAGUCGCCAUUCUCGGAGUGGCUUUAUCAUAGACUGUAUACAGAAUGGACGCCGUCUGCCUCCUCGCUGGGUGAAGCCACUCCGAGAACAGCACCCUCUGAUGGUGGGCUGCAGUACAGGUCAUAAAUCCCGCCUCCGCCAGCAAAGCUUAUGGGACUGUGGACAAACUUUAGAAAUUUAUUACACAGAACAUAAAUUUUUCUCCCCCCUACUUGUGAUGUUGACAUGUAGUUAUUGUAUGACUGGUUUGUGCCCAAGUCCUUUUUUACUCUCUGCCUGCGGGGGUCGUCUUUCCCCACCGCUCGUCUAGUAUGUCCGAAUUGGGCCAACGUGUUUAGUAUGUAGGAGUAGGAUCUAGCAGUAGCACGUAGCAGUAGCAUGUAGUAUCCGAGCGGGCAGUUUGGACGCAGCAAGGGACUCUCGGCGACUGCGCGGCCGAAUGCGCGCAUCGCUACUGCGCAGCUCUCGUUUCAAGGAAGUGGAGAAAAAAACGGAAUUACCGAGAGCUUUUUGGCUUCAAAUCCGUAUACAGGCGGAAGGCGGAACCAGGUUGUCCAUUCUAUAUACAGUCAAUGCUCUGGCCUCAGUGUAACAUGACUGUUUCAUUAUCAUCGUCAGUAGAUAUCAGGUUUAUUGAAUCCUGGUGUCUGUCUUUGUGGCCCUCACUCAAACUAUUAAACAAUCGAACGUGCUAUAACUCGACUUAAAGCGUUUUGAGUGAAGUGACAGUACUCAAUGAUGUUAUUAACAAUUUAAUGAGCCUGUAACACGUUUAGAGGAACUUAUCUACAGUAUUAUCUGGCUCUAGGGAAAGCGUAAGACAGAAAUACUUUACAGCAGUUGUCCAAACACACAUCUGGUGGCACAAAAUCAAAGUGGCAGACUCAAAUAGCACUGCAGAAAGGCCUCAGGGAAAACACUGACACCAGUACUUUGACCCACUUGUUUCACAGUACAGCAGCUAAACUCUUAAAUAACACUGACAUAGUAAACCUUAUGCUGCACAGAUGUGAAAACAGCUGUUUUUUGGUAUUUCAGCUUUUUUUUAGUGUUUGCUUUGGACAGAGAAUGAUAAACAAACAAAACAAAAAAGAAUAAAUUCAAUAAAAUGUUGAGUUCAUUCUCAUUUGAGUAUUUCUGUUUUACACUUUAAAGGCACAAAAGACUGCUUAUAAGUUUAUUUUGGUUUAGGAAAUGUCUGUUUCUGUCUUAACUCCUUUCAAAUGUCUGAUCCCAAAGCGAGUUGCUGCCAACAACCACCGGCGGACCUCCACCACCUCUAGCCGCAAACCCAGCCUGGCCCUGGGGGACACCCCUGACGGUUUCAGGGAUCUGGGCCACCUGGAACUGAUGAGCAGAGAACUGGACCCAACCGGCAUGGCCCAGCUCAACCGAUCGAUCUCCACAGACUCGCUCAGCUCCAUCUCCUCCAUUGCCCACAACUUCGGCCACGACUUUACGGUCGGCCAGCUGGAGGUGACGCUGGAGUUCGAACCGUCCAGGCAGCUGAGUCAGGGGACGGGGCUGCUCCACAUCACUCUGCACCAGGGUAAAGACCUGCUGGAGAGGGAGGAGGGGGACUUCCCAGGCUGCUUCAUCAGGGUUUCACUGGGGCCAGAAGAGCUCAAUGUGGGAGUCACAAAGGUAAGGAAACUGGUGAGGUGUAUGCUUUUUGUGCUUGUGUAGGUAAGUUAUCACUUUACAUUGACGAGGGGAAAAAAGCACCCGGCUGAUAACAAAGUAAGGAAACUGUAGCUUUUAGCUAUUCUAGGACUUUAACCACAUUUUUAACCACCAAGUGGGACUGUCAGACUGCUUGUUUAGAUCACGUUAAGCCUGCAGGUUGGUAUAAUAGAAUAGAUAGCAUUAAUAUCAAAACUACAGGUUUAAUUUUAUUCAAAAAUUAAGAUUGGCAGUGAAAAGGAGGGAAUUAUAUUGUUUGAAAUCUUGAAAGUUAUUUUAUAAGUCCUUUUUUUUACCUUACCAGACUAGAUGUAGAGAACAUAUCGGACAUUUAGAGGAAAUUUAGGGUGUAGAAAGUAGGGGGGAAGACAUGCAGAAAAUGAUGAAGGCAGCAAUUUGAAUCAGCAACCGUUGUGGGAAACAUAUAUGGUAUGCAGCGAAACAAUGCACAGGAGACAGGAUGAGAUCUGAAGAGUAGCCUGGGCAUCUUUAUUGUACAGAUGUAGAAAUCUGUACAGAUGACAGAGCCUCUGCCAGACCAGAAGAGAGGAGCCCCAGGCUGUCCUCUUCCUCACUUUUAUGCUACUGGGUGUGUAUCUGAAUACCGUAACUGUGUGUUACUUGUGUACUUCAAAAAUCCGCCCCUCAUAUGUGAAUUACAUUGUGUGUUACAACUUUGUGACUCGAAUGAUUGUGUGUGUGCAUGCAUGCAUGAGUCCUUUAGCUGUGUGUGCAAGUGCAAGCCUUUCCUGUUAGAUUCUUGACCCAGGAGGAUGACCAAGGACAUGUCUCAUUAUUCUGAAAUUCAUCAUUUGUUUGGAUUAAACUCAGUUUUUCCUGGAAGUCAUUAAAUAGCCCUCAACUCUUUUGGCAGACUGAGUCAAGUUCAAGUUUUUGCAAAACAGCCUUGCUUUCACAAUGUAUGCAAGGCCAUCCCAGCCUAUUCAUAAAACUUUUACAUUUAAUGCAUGAUGACAUUCUACUUCAUGACCACUAUUUCACUACUAUCACUACUUCAAGACUACAGCCUCUGACAAAAGACACGUGAUAAUUUUGAAAAGUACAGAGGGUGUAAUUUAGACUUGGAAAAAAAGCUGUAUUUCUAGGAUGUGUUUUGUUAUCUUAAAUUGGGAGUUUUAUAUCUACAUAUGGAGCAGGUACCUUUCUUCGAAGGCCACAAUCUUAUAUCGCCACAUUUCUACAGUCAUCUGGAUUGGACAACCAAUAGCAAUUGCAUUUUUGUAUUUUACCAAGUGGUUAUGCAAAAGCAGUAUUUGGAAGAAAAAUAAGAGCGUGUAAAAAGAAUAUGUAUAUAAAGACAUUUAUUAUGGUGAAAACUUGACAAACGGAGGAUCAUGAUACCCAUAAACCACAAAGACUUCUUGUAUUUUAGGGCCACUGACCUUGCAUUAACAGAGAAGGUGAGCAAGGGAGUGCACAGUCAAGAACCUGCAACUGAAUGUUUUGUGUCGACACUCUGUACCUUCAGCCUUUUUGAUAGACCUCAUAUACGUACAUGUUCACAGCUCAAAAUACCCCUUACCAAAAAAUAGUAUACCUCAAGUACAUGUUAUGAAGUAUUCUGAAGUUCAUUUUAGUAUAAUAUACUUUGUACACUAAUACAACAUUUAUGGUGACAUGCAGCACAGGGACAGGACUGGAAUCGGACCUGCAACCGCUGCAGGCACCACAGUCCCCAACAUGGGGUGCGCCUUAACCCGCUAGGUCAUCUGUGUGCCCACUUUGAGAUAUACUUGAAGUUACCACUUUGGUAUGCUAUUAUUUCAGUAGUAGUACAUAGUUGUAGACUUAGCUUGUACUGCUUAUGUUUUUAAGAGUAUACAGAGAGGACCCCAGGAAGACUAGCUUUGUCUUGACAAAAGCUAAUUGGGAUCCUAAUAAACAACAAUAAAACAACAACAACAACAACAAUAAACAUACUCUUAAAAAGAUAAGCAGUACAAGCCAAGUUUACUUAAACUUAAGGCACAAAUACUUACUUAAGUAUAUCUUAAUCUUGAAAGUUUAAGUAUAGGUUAAAUAUAUUUCAACUUUUAGUAUAAUUCUUAGUACAAGCCAAGUAUACUUAACAUUAACUUUAUAUAUAAAUAAUAUAUCUCUGAAAAGUGCAUAAAAAGUAAACUGAAAGCAUACUUAGUUUAAACACAGUAUACUUAAAGUACACUCAAACAUACAGUACUUCUUUCUGGUAAGGGAAGCUGUGUGCAUCAGUAUCUCUACACUUAUUUUAAUGAUGGAGUAAAGGCAGAGCAUGUUUUUCAGACUUUCAAACAUAUGUACUCUUAAGGCAGCUAACAAGGAAGUGCUUCAUCUUUAUAGAAGGACUGGUGACUUCAAACAUAAGUGCCACUGGAUGAGUAAAUGAGUCAGAGAUCCAGUACUGAGGGAGAAAAUGAAAGCAAAAGCCUCUCAGAUGGUUAAUUAGCAGUUAAGCUGUGAUGACUGAACUUGUGUGAAAAGACUGAAGAUAAAAGAGAUCUUUUUGAAAAUGCUGAAGUCUGAAGCAUCUGAGGCUUUUUUCACUCAGGGGGUCUGCUUUUGCUUGCUUCAGCUGAGUCAAAGGUUUUAACCACGGCUCAGAAAUUUAGAAGGUGCUGGUGAUUUGUUCUCCGGGUCGAGAGGUUUGAUCCUGCAGCCUGACAAAUCAGUCAUUUUCUAUCUGACAGAAGAGCCUGAACGCUGAGGACCCCUGAGAGCUAGGUGAAGUCAGGCAGCUGGAUUACAUAUCUUUCACCUACAUCAGGAGAAGAUGUGAUCAACCUCAUUCAAUUUCAAACCUAAUCUGUAACCUCAGUUUACCUGCAAUCCAGUGAGAUGGUGACAUUUUACAAUAUCUAUUACUUGCCUAUAGCCGUUACCUUUUUCUAUCUAUUUUGUUUGACCGGUUGCUAAUAAUGCUGUAAGUUUAGAGACAGUUUAAACCAUUAUAUCUCUCACUUCUAAAGCUCCUCUGGGCUGACUUUGGCGCCAUCUGAGGUCAAAGUUGUAAGCCUGAUAUUGCUGCUGAUUUCACCUCUUUCUUGUGAAAGUGGUGUUACUCAGCAGAAGUGUCUCUUCUGUUGUGUUUUUACAUUGAAAUGUAUAACUCAUGGUAAGGCUGUCUUAGUGAUAUUAAGAAUUACAUUAUAAAACGCCAUCAAAAUUCUUCAUUUUUAAGAUUUAAACCUUAGUGUUAAAACAGUUCACCAAAUCCUGACUUUGGUCUUCUUUAUAAUAGAUGUUAAGAUUUCAUUUUCUUUAUUAGUUCUGCUCCAGUCUGCUCAGCUUGUACUGCACUCACUCUUUUUAUUUCAUCUUCUACUUUGCUCUGCUUGAAAGUCGAUCCAAUGGAAAUUUGUGGCCACAGCGUUCACUUUGGGCGACGGGACAUUUGGUCUAUAGAUCAAGUGUGUGCGUUUGUGUUUGUGAGAGAGGAUGUGUACUUGUGUUCGUGCCAGUUGGCUGAAAACGAAGCAUCACAUUUGGAGCGGCGGGGUGAAAAAGUGGCGUCGCUUCCAAACAAAUGUACAGAGUUGCAGACGCUGGCUUUUGUGCUGCAUUUUAAAAAUUAACUUUUCAAAAAUGCUGCAGAAGUAGGUACAGUAUCUUUAAAGACCAGUAGCUGACCUUUGUUGUUUGAAAAAUGGAGAAAAAUCGAAACAAUAACAGCGAGUGCAAACUGAAACACUUUGUAGAACAACCUGAAAAGUGCCUGUCUUGAUUUCGUCCUCUAAAUCGAACCUUUCUGACGGGAAUAGAAACUGUUUGCGUUCCUCCAUCUGCUGCACCUGCCACUAUCCUUCUGCUCCUCGCUCCACUCUGCCAAAAAAAAGGAGCUCUACUCCCCGCCAGUGUGUGUGUGUGUGAGUCAUCAGCCUCGCUCCCCUAGUGACUGUGGAUUUGUACAGUUUGUUCAGGCUGACGGGGGGGGACGACACACACUCACUCUCCAGGGCUCCCUUCACUUGGGCAUGCUGUGUUGUUGUAUUAAUGCCUUCAGACUGGGUGUAACAAUAAUGACGGUACAGCCCCUUUAGUGGCUCUCUCUUUAAUGUCGAGGAGUGGUGAGGACCAGGAGAAAUGCUGACAUCAGCUGCACUCACCCUGAUGGUCAACACCGCCUCUCUCUCCUUCUUCUUUCUCCCUCUCUUUCUUCUUUAGCUCAUUUUCCUCCCCAGUAUGUCUCAUUUUAUUGCUCUGUCCAUCACUCCCUCUUUUAUCCCCAUUUCUCCUUCUCCCUCCUGCAUCUUGCUUUUAUUUUUGUAAUAAUGUCUCACCUCAUCUUCUAUCAACUCUCCCUCUCUCUGUCUACAUGCCUUUCUCUGAGCCGUUAUUGCCUCAUUUUCACCACACACGUCGCCAUUGUUAUCCCCCAAGCAAUAAUCCUGACAGAGCAGACUGACUGUUUCACAUUGUGGAGGUCUGUGUGCUGCUCUGCCUCUUUUGGAUGCUUUAUAUCUCUCUGCACAUACUUAUACAGCGACAGCAGCACAUUUUCUACAUUCUGUAGGUGCUGAGCGUGUGAAUAUGAUGCUGCUCGGCUGUUUGAUAUAAAGCACAAUCCAAGGUCAGAUGUGCCAACCUGAACAAUUCUUCUGUCGCACUGUGAGCUGUUGCUUUCAAUAAAUCAAAAACACUUCAUGCUAACCUUGCACAACACACGCUGAUGUUUUAGUCUGUUAAACUGUGUUUGUAUGCGAGCUACCCUGUUGGUUUUAGAGGUGUUCCUCAUUGGAUUUCACACCUCAAGAACAAACAGCAGUGUGAAAAGGGAUAUUAUUAAACCCCCUCGCUCUCCUGCACAUGGAGUAGUUGCCUGGUAACUUCCUGUUGCUCUGUAAAUCCCUGUCUUGUCGUUCGAUGUAGCAAGUGGUGGUCUGAAGUCAGUAUUAGUCAUGAAGAAAGAAAGCAGCGGUCAUCUUGGCUGUGGCAGCUGAGGCUCUUCUUUUGAUAAAGAGUGAUCUUGAUGUUAUCAGCUGGCCGGGCCAAACCGCCUUCAAUCUGUGUUUUUCUUUGUAAAGGCUGUGUUGGGUGCCAAGAAUGGACUUUGAAGGUAAUCUGAGUCAUUUUGAAGCUGGAUGAAGAGAUUCACACAGAAAUGUUGUAGCAUAGCCGGCAGAUUAUUCUUCUGGUGAUUGAUUUUUCAGCUGAUUCUGUUGAAAGAAACAGAGGAAUGCGUUAGGUACUUUGACAUUAUGAGGAAAAGUGUCCGCUUCUGCAGUCCUCCAUCAGGAUCUUUUAGAGCCCCUCCUAGACCCCAGCAAAGUUUCAUGGCUUUCCUGCCUAUAUUAAAGGGAUAUUCCGGCGGAAAAUUAAGUUAUGGUCAAACACACUGUAACACCAAGUUAGACACCCCCUCGAGAGAUAGAUGUUGCCGACUGCUUUCUUCUCUAGUUAGACCAACUUUCGUAACAACCGCACGAUAGCAAUACACAGCGGUCUGAGGAGCCAUAAACAAACCUCAACCAAAACGCCACUCUAUAGCCAGAAAUAACGCUCAGAACAGCACCUAACUUCAUCAACAGUACAUAUAGGGUCCCAGCCACAGCACUAGCCAUCAAACAUCUUUUUAACUUUGCCUGAUUUCUUUAGCAAAGAGACUAAACACAACUAACCUACUCUCUUCCGGCAGCCGCAUGUUUGUAGGGAGAGCUCGGACGAGUCCAUCACUGAGUGCAGUGGGGUGACGCAGCUCAAGGAAGAACAUUUAUGAUCAUUACUUCAUGGAAAUGCAAUCAGACCGAGAUGCUAAGGCAGAAGAACUUCCGCGUCUGCAGUGCAAAAUGAUGAUUUUGAUGAUUAUUGCUUCAAGGAAGUAAGAGCAGUAGAGAGGGAAUCUUUCUUUUCAACUUUGCCUAAUUUCUUGAGCAAAGAGACUAAACACAACUCACCCUCUCUCUUCCAGCAGCCGAAUGUUCGUAGCGAGACCUCAGGCCAGUCCGUUAUGGUCUGUUACCUUUAACUAGUACUGUGUCUCCUCACAUCUCUAAGACUGGUCAAAUUUUGAGGUGUUUUAGUCAUGUUGCUAGAUACCUUUUUAUUUUUACUGUGGCAAAAGAUAAGAGUAAUAAAUGGGAUAAAACAAAGUACUGGCUUCAAAAGUAAAUAAGUGCAGCAACCUGCUGUAUAUCAAACUAACAACGUUUCUAUAACUAAAGGUUUAACACAUUUCUUACAGGUUUUAAAGAUUAUUCCAGAAUUUCAAAAGCAAAUAAUUAGGGAGCUGUUGUCAGUUAGUUUCAAUCCAUCACCACAGAUUAUUUAACAUAACUGUCCUUACAAACAAUAAGCAUUGGCAAGACAAUCUGUCUAACAGGCAUUGAAAUGACAAAUAGAGACAGAAGCCGAGGGCAUAAGUGAGAGAUUUAUGAAAAACAUGCCAGUUUAGAGCGCUCUCUGUACGAGCGUGUCAUUUUUAUGAACACAGUUUUGAACGGUUCUCAGAUUUCUGUCACAGGGAUUUCAGGCUCCAUCCUUCUUACACAGUAAAAGAGGAUAAAAUUCAGUUUGUGGUUCAUCUACAAAAUACAAUCCUGCCAGGAACAAUGUCCUUUAUACAGUUCACACCCUGUCGUUUCAGGAGUUUUAUGGAUGCUAUUUUUUCAGGAGAGAAGAGCUUAAGACUUCAAAUUCAACUCCACACUCUCCUCUUUAUUACAGAGCGAAGAGAAACCUCAGAGAUUUAAAACUUUACACCUGGGCAAACACAACCUAUUCAUCCUGUAUGGCUUGUUGAAGCCAGGACAAAAGGCCUUUGUGCUCAUGUUUAAUUACAGCUCUGUUUACUCGGGCAAAAGUCAUACAGAGCGGUGAACUUACAUAAACCUCACAUGACCUCAGAUGACCAGCGCUGAAUUAUCUGUCUGCUGACUGUUUAAACAAAAAGAAAUACAGUCUGACUCCUCAAACUUCUCUCUGUUUCUUGCAGGUCCAGACAAAUGCAUUCACUGUGGUUUUUGAUGAGCGCUACUCCAUCCCCAUGGACCUGGCCGCGCUGGAGGAGUACAGCUUGCGAUUCGCUGCUUUUGGUAUUGAUGCCGAUGAGAGAAAUAUCAGUGCAGGGGUUGCAGAUCUGAAGCUGUCAGACCUGGACCUGACCAUCAGACCGUUUAACGCCUGGCUCUACCUUCAGGAUGUCAAUAAGGUGAGUUACAAGACAGUUUCUGUCACAGGAGGACAGGGUUCAGUCGGAGACGUUUACUUCAAAUCAUUCAGAACAGAAAGCAAUGCCACAAAACCGAGAUGUUAGGAGCUUUUAACGCUUUUACAGGAUUGUACGCACUACCUGUCACAGUUAAAUUACAGCACCUUAUAUACUGAGAGGAGGCAUGGUGGUGUUUGAGGACCUCUGCUGGACACUCUGCAAAACUGCAUGUCAUAUUUUAUGCAACAGAAACAACAGAGUGGAUUUUAAGACAAAUUUAUGAUUAUAUGAUCCCAGUUAUUAUUAAAACAGAUUAAAUGAUGAAUUAUGUUUAGACAUAUCUAUAGAAGUCUAAUAAUAUAAAUUUGAUGAUGAAUGUUUGUUUGUGAAUGAAUGAACAUGAUAGUGGUGGACCAUUAGACAAUGAAAAUCAAUGUUUUUUUUCCUUCCACUCUGCAUCCAAUCUGUCAAAAUAGGUGACAAGUGAUUCAUUCUUGUGACAGGUUGAGUUAGUUGAGGUGUCUCCAUGCAUAUUUCUUUUUUUUUCAUGGAUGAAUUAUUAUUAUUAUUUUUUUUUGCAGUGCAUGUUAGUAAAGAAGCCACUGAGUGAUGCCAGUUUCAUAUCUGGCAUUUGCUGUGAUUUGCUCCUGCAAUGUGAUUUACAGCUCCAUGUCAAGUCUGGCUUAAUAUAUGUCAUUUUCACAAUAAUACAGCAUAUUUAGAGAGACGUGUCAUAGUUUACAUAUACCCUAAAUUGUCAAAGAUGAAGAUGCAGCUCAGAUAAUGAUGUUUGUCCCUCACACCUGUUGUUGUAGAUUCAGGCCCUGCUGUACAAGUAUUAAUGUGCCUAUGAGGAGUUUUAUGACAUUAAUAAAAAACAAUGAAAAUCCUUCUGAAGCUUUUACGUGAUAUAUUAAAGCAAAAAUGACAAUCAGCAACAGGAGUGAAGUUUUUAAAUUCUCAUUUUUGCUGAACAGUUGAAAAAAAAGUCAUAUAUAUAUAUAUAUAUAUAUAUAUAUAUAUAUAUAUAUAUAUAUAUAUAUAUAUAUAUAUAUAUAUAUAUAUAUAUAUAUAUAUAUAUAUAUAUUUAAAUCAAUUUCCACAAAAAGUAUUCAAAAUAGAUAAUACAUCUAUCUGCCAAAAGUCCACAGGAUGAGAUAUUUUGUUAAAGAAUUUUACUUAAACAUGUAGAGGACAAACAAGCUAAGUCUGCUUUGUCCAGAGGGGGCGCUGGCAGUCAAACUUUUACUUGAAGUCAAAGAAAUAAAAUACACCCACAGAGGCCGCAGAAGGAGUAAAGAUGAUUCCUAAAGCUCUUUCUUAACCUCUGUUUAGUGGAUCAGCAGAGACGGCACAGCAGCAUAUAUGAGUGUGGGCUUAAGUAUUCAUCUAAGAUAUUACACAAGUAAAACUGCAAAGACAGUGAAAUGAUGUUCUGCAGUCUAAAAUGUUUAGUAUAACUUCUUUAUAACAAUAUCUGUUUAGCCAAAUGAGUAAAAGAAGAGAAUAAAGUAAAACUGAAUACAAAGUUUUGAGUUUUUGGCUGACUUUAUGACUAAAACAUGAUUUGAGCUUUCGGGCAUUUUUGUCUAUAGAAAAAAAAAGCUGCCAAGAUUUACACUGCAGAUAUAUAUUUGAUUUCUAGUUUCCAUAGCAACAAUAAUAAAGCCCUCUAUUACUCUAUCAGUUAACUUUCAUUGGUUGCUGUGAAAUCCAACCGUACUCAAUCUGUCCAUAAACAAACAUUCAUUAUUGAUGAUUAUUAAGAGCAUGCAUCAUAGAAAUGAGAAAUGGGGUGUGCCUAAUUUAUGCUUAAUUGGACCAAAUUAAAACAUUAAGCAGUUUUAUACUUCUAUUACAGCUCUUUAAAUUAGAUCAAGCAUUAUGUGAGGGAAAAUUACACAACAUGAACAAGGCUUUUUUAAUUCAAUCCCACUUUGUCUUGAUUUUAACUAACAUAAAGGCUAACAGCUUCAUGUAAAAGAAAAGAAUAAGAAACCAUGAAGCAUUUUUAAUCUCGUUAAUUUUAUUAUUUCUUUCACCCUUUUCCCGCUACUGUUUUAUGAUUACUCCGCUUUAGAGACGUCUGCUCUGAUAUUAAAUGUCUGUGUUACUUUUACAGGCUGUAGAUGCAGUCGGGGAGAUCCUCCUGUCUCUCAGUUAUUUGCCGACUGCAGAGCGACUCACUGUAGUUGUUGCAAAGUGCAAGAACCUGACGUGGACCAACGGCAAGACCACUGCAGGUCAGGGACAUUGGUUUGUUUGCUAACUCUCUCCAUCUGCCUUCAAACUCAUCCAAAAUAAUCAAAAUCACUCACACCCUGAGACAGAACGAGAAACUGAUCCCACUCUUUUAAUAGAAACUUUCAGAGGGUAUCUUUAACAUCAGGAUGGGACUUAAUGUCUUGUUCAUCAUAUUAAAAUAUCCCGAUAAGUGCCACACCAUCCUUGUACUGAUAAAGGUCACCCACUGAAGCGCCACUGUUAUUGCACAGAGGUAAUUGUGUGUACGUGAUGCUUCUAAUUCAUUACAUCCUAAUUAGGGGGUUUAUCACAUGCUCUACAAACUGAGUGUGGGAGUGUGUGUAUUUGUUCAUGUGUGUGCUGCGUUUGAGAGGCAUGAAAUGUGUGGAUAAUCUCAUUCACUCCUUCUUAUCAUCAGAUCCGUUUGUGAAAGUGUAUCUGCUGCAAGAUGGGAGGAAGAUCAGCAAGAAGAAGACAUCCACCAAAAGAGACGACACCAACCCCAUCUUCAACGAGGCCAUGAUCUUCUCUGUUCCGUCCAUCGUCCUGCAGGUGACACACUGGACUGUGGACCAUAGGUGUCCCGCAUGAUGGAAGUGAAUUCAAUCCAUUCAGACAAUUGAGGUCAAGGAAAAGAUAAUGAGAAGAGAAAAUGAUAACAUAAACAGAGUGAUAAACCAGUGUUGCCACAUAAGCUGCUGCUACUCUCCCUGCCUAGACUUACAUUUUCAUUUUACUAUGCACAAAACAUGGAUGUCAUCUCUGAACCUGUGAAUAUCUGCAGAAGCAUUGUGAGCCAAACAUGGUGGUCAUCUUGAUGGUAGCACACUCACUGACUCAGACUUGCAGCUGAGGUGGCUUUUAAGCCUACCUGCAAACAGCUUUAGUGCACCCACCUGUCAGACAGCUCAGCUAUGCCGCUAGCUAUGCAAACAUUCACUGCAAACUUCAGAAUAACUUUGUAAUUUCACAAUGAAUGAGUUAAAAACAGAUCCAGCCUCGAGCCCCAGACCAUUUCUUAAACCAGACUGUAAAUGUGUCUAAUAUUCUGUAAAAGUGGGCAUUUAACCAGGGUACUAUGGGGAUUUCUUGGCUUUUGCUGCCAGCUUCUAGUGGACACUUAAGGAACUGCAGCUUGUAGCAUUUUUGCUUAGGCCUAAUAUUUCACAACCAGGGGUGUUGCUUGAUUUUUCUCUUUAAAUUAGCGUUUUUUAGCAGUUACUGCAUUCGUACGAAGGUUAAAGACACUUAAACAGCUGUUUCAUUUUUGAAACCAAACACUCACCAUCUCUUUUUCUGCACCAAAGUGUUGUUUUGAACCAAACACUCUUUGCAGUGUGCUCAGAGUGACAUGAAAACAUGCCUGCAUUAAACAGUCAUAAUGUUUACAGUCUCAGUCCUGGUUUAGCCUGUGAUUUUUUUCCUUUUUUUCUUUGCAUUCAAAGCAAUAAAUUCACCAGUUGCCAUGGUUUUUCACUCUAACCCACAAAUAUAGAUGACAUUGAGACUGAACAAUAGACAGCAAUCACAAUCUUGACUCAGCCUGUCAGGGGUUCAUGGUGGCCUGACUGACAGACAUUUCAAUACCUACAGAGAUGCUGCCUGGUGACUAAAGCACAAAUAGAAACACAAAAUGAAAACAUUAGCCCAGAAGUGUCUCUAAAAUGGUCCAUCUUUAAAAAGGUCCAGAGUUGUAAUUGCUCUCACACUUACGGCUGUCUUCAAAGUGAGCCAAACUGUAAUAGAAAUCUAAAUCCAAGCAAAACGAUUAAAAUGCAAAAUACGAUUUGAAAAAACAGCUACCGAUACUACAAGUUCAUUAAAAUGAUCCUGUUAUCUGGAUAAGCCACACUGUUGUAAAGAAGACGCUGAGUCAUGCUUAUGCAGCAGGUUGUAUAACCGCGCUCUGCUGUUUGCAGGAGCUCUCCCUGAGGGUGACAGUGGCCGAGGCAACAGACGACGGCCGGGGCGACAACCUGGGUCAUGUGAUCAUCGGGCCUGAGGCCAGCGGGAUGGGGAUAACUCACUGGAACCAGAUGCUGGCCACUUUGAGGAAACCUGUGUCCAUGUGGCACCCUCUUCGCAGGAUCUAGUCCUCCUUAACACAGUACACACAUGUCCUGGUUUAAGUAAAACACUCGCUUCUUCACUUCUAUUUCACCUCUCCUCCUCAGGUGGUGCCAUGUUCUGAUCUUAUUGUUAUGAAGUAAGACUUUUGGGCUCAUGGGAUGGUUCUUCUUUGUGGUGUGUGUCUCCAUGACAGUUGGUUACAGAAUAAAGCAAACACCGUAUCUAUUUCUCUUUAAAAGCCAGAGCUUACCUUUAAACUAGAUGUCAGAUCAAUCAUGUACAAAUUUAAUCCCAUGUCUUAUGUACUUUACUUCUUUCUAGCUUGGAUACAUUUAGGAAGGAGUACAGUUUGUGGACCGUGUUCACACAGCAGCCUCUAAAAUUUUCCACUGACGUCAGGCUCAGGGUGGAAAACUUGAAGGCUUUCAUAAUAUUCUGCUUUAAAAUUGAAGCUGUCAUAACUUUAACACCUCCAGACUGACCAGCAACUGAAAAAAACAAAAAUAAAGUCCCUUCCAGACGUGUACAAAGCUUCCGAAAAUUUACCGAAAUUGCCCAAGUGAGCUUUAUGUUUGAACACAAACAGCAAAGUUUUUUCACCCAGAGUUCACCCAAAGUCCUCCCCUUGCACUAUUUUGUGCUAAAGUCUGAGUGACUCAUGUGACAAAGCUGUAGAAAAUUUUUACAUAUAAUACUGUUAGAUCGUAGGGGGGCGUGGAUGGUUAUCAUGCAGCCGGCUGUGGCAAUGCACCAGUAUUGAUGUUAACAGUCUUUACUAAGAUGUUGAAUAUUGAAAUUGUGCUGAAAAUAAGUAAACGGUAAUACAGAGAGUUCAUAGCUGAGGUGCUUUAUGCUGGUAACUAAACGUCAUAAAAUGAGAAGAGAUGAAGCAGCAGACUGCCUGUGAACUAGCUUCAAGCUGCUUUCUGAGAGAUGAUUCGGCACUUUUAAAAACUGAAAUUCUGUGAUUUCUUGUUAAUUCAAAGGAAACGUUGAAGAGGUGAAGUUGAACAUCUUUGACGGUUUCAUUCAGUUCUUUUGCCGACGAUCUACCGGAAGUAGUGUACACUUCAAAUUGAAAGCAUAGUUUUGCAAUGUAGAAAAUCAAACAAACCAGAGGCAAGACCGAAACAAUCCAAAUAAAACCAUGUUAAACAUUUUUUUAUGAAGCAAUGUUUUCUCGAAAGUAGUUUCAGUUACAUAGCCAGUGAUGUGGAUAAAUCGUGGAUUUAAAAGUCAUUACAAAUCAUGUUUAUCAGUGAAAUUUAUGGACUUAAAGUUUUAUGUCAUUCCACUCUCUUCUUGCAAUUUCUCAAUUUUAUUUACUGAGUUGUCUUAAAUAUCAAGUUUUACAUGAAUAAUAUCAUAACCAUGAUAUUUUAUGGGUAAUCAUGAGGUAACCUGAUCAUGCUACUAGAAAGGGAUUGACACCUUCACUGCUUUCUAAAGUCAAUGGGUUAUCAAAUAUCUUGUCUUACUUUAAAAUAUAGCCUGACUUCCUUCUGAAUUUCAAUACUUAUUGUCUUUUUAGCUGCGCUUUAGCGGAUAUUGAAAUGUCAGAGACUCAUGCAUUCAAUACUGAAAACAUAAAGAUUACAUUGAUGCAGUAUUUAAGCUCCCAAUCUGAGUUUGAUAUCAAAGGAAAAUGGCAGCCUAGUGAAACAACAUCCCAACAUUUCGUUUGGCUUGAGUAUCAGGCCAAAAAAACACACAAACAUAUAAAUAUUUUUUCCUUUUGAAAAUUCUUUAUUAGAAAUUUCUUUUUGAACUCUGGAUGAGUUUUAAUCCCUGAAAAAAAAUCCCUUGAUUUGACAGGCGUGACCCCCCACACCCCCUUUGCAUGGUGCCUACUCUGGUUGUAGCCUGUUUUAGCCUGUCUAAAGAAUGACUGACUGGGUGGAGAGGUGAAAUCCCUUCUCCUUCAGGAAAAAACCUCUUUGUCUUUUCAAACCCGUCAUCGAUUGCGCCUUCUUGAUUGAUUUCGUAGCUGAUGUUUGAGCCGAGGUGAGUAAGCUCUACUGGAUUUGCUUGCGUCAUUUGUUAACAGUGAGACUGAAAAUAAUAAAGGUUUUGGUAUGUACAGUAUCUAUUGUGCUUUUGAAAAAAAUACAUAUAUCCAGGUACUCUUAUCCAGGUGAAAUAAUUGUAAUUUGUAGCAGUUGUUACAGGGUGGCCAAAUCGGAUGUAACUAUCAAGUCAUUGUGUCACAUUGUUCUAUUUUCACCAUGAUUAAUGCAAUACAAGUUGCAUAAGCAUAUUUAACAGUGUAAAUAACGUACUUCAGAAUUAUCCUUGCAAAUCAUGUUUUUCACAUGUUAUACUAAAGUAGACAUCUAACUCAUUUCCAUUUAUACACUAUAUUAACACCAAUGUUGUUGCUGAUUGAUGAGUUAUUAUAAAAACACCUCUGGGAAUUUAACUUGUGAUGUUAAGUAUCAAACCCCUUUAAACGGGGUUACUGUUUCUUUUAUGUUAUAUGAAACACCUUGAUAUUCUGAAUUUAGCUGCAGUUGAUUUCUACCAGGCACUUGUCUCACUUGUUCUUUAAAGAUGGCUGCAAACUAAAUAUUACUGAAAAGUUUUUUGGUUUCAAAGACGAUAAGUGGACAAGGGUCUCAAAAAAAUCAGAAUGUCAAGGUGGCUUUUUACCUGUCUGAGAUAUUCUCGACAACAUUGUGCAAUAGUGCCGUUUUGUUGUAACUUUUGAAUGUGGGUCAUCACGUGAAAUACUUAGUAUAACAAAAAGCAUCAUCAGCCUUAUGCAUUGUUGUGGUUUUUUAACGCAGAGCCUAAAGUCUACAUUUUCAAGGUCAAGGUCCGACCGCAUUCCUCACCUCAAUCCAAAAAUAACACACCUGCUGUCAUAUAAUAGACAACAUUUCCUACUGUGCCAAAUAACAAAGCAAUAUCUUCAUUUACAAUCAGCAUCUGAAUUCAGUUCAUCUAAGCUGUAGCUGACAUUUGACCAUGCAUGAAGUUAUUUAGCACUUGAUGUGAAUGUGCCUCAAGAAUAAAGUGUAUUGUGUGAAUGCUGUUUGAAAUAAAAGCAAUUCAACAGUAA